AUGACCACUGGUGGUCAUCUUGUUUUCACUUUUAUCAAAUUUCGGACUCUGAAAGAAGAAAUGGUGGGAAGUGCCCAGAUUAUUGAUUUGAUGAUGCUUGUAAUAGAUGUGACAAAAGGGAUGCAGACGCAGUCAGCAGAGUGCUUGGUAAUUGGGCAAAUUGCCUGCCAGAAGAUGGUGGUGGUUCUGAACAAAAUAGAUCUCCUUCCAGAGGGGAAGAGACAAAGUGCCAUUGAGAAGAUGACUAAGAAAAUGCAGAAGACCUUGGAAAAUACUAAGUUCUGUGGGUGUCCUAUUGUUGCUGUUGCAGCAAAGCCUGGUGGACCGGAAGCCCCAGAGUCUGAGAAUCCUCUAGGUGUUUCUGAAUUAAUUGAGGUCCUGAAGUCUCAGGCUUACCUGCCAUCAAGAGACCCCUCGGGACACUUCCUUAUGGCAGUUGACCACUGUUUCUCUAUCAAGGGUCAAGGCACAGUGAUGACAGGGACUAUUCUUUCUGGCUCUGUUAGCCUUGGUGACAAUGUGGAGAUUCCUGCCCUGAAGGUGACAAAGAAAGUCAAGUCCAUGCAAAUGUUCCAUACUCCUGUGACUUACGCUAUGCAGGGUGACAGAGUAGGUGUCUGUGUAACCCAAUUUGAUCCCAAACUGCUAGAACGAGGCCUAAUUUGCACCCCAGAAUCACUUCUCACCAUCCAUGCUGCAAUAAUUUCCCUGAAGAAAAUCCAGUAUUUUCGAGGAGCUCUUCAGACCAAGGCCAAGUUCCAUAUCACAGUCGGUCAUGAAACAGUUAUGGGAAGAGUGAUGUUUUUCAGCCCAGCACCUGCUGACUUCAAUGAAGAAAUUCAAGAAAAUGUUUUUGAUUUUGAAAAAGAUUAUCUUUAUCAAGAGGAAUAUUUGUCCAAGGACUCAAAUUCUUUAGAAGAGAACAAAGAAAAUGAUCAAGCAGAAGUCCAGCUUCCAAGACAACAGUGGGCUUUGCUGGAGUUUGAAAAACCAGUCACUUGUCCUAAACUGUGCCUUGUGAUUGGCUCCAAGCUGGAUACAGAUAUUCAUGCAAAUACCUGCAGGUUGGCAUUUCAUGGGGUACUACUUGAAGGCAUGGAAGACAAGAACUACACGGAGACUUUCCUUCCAAAGCUGAAAGUGUACAAACUGAAGCAGAAAGAAGGACAAGUGGAAAGGGUGAUGGAUGAUUACAGUGUGCUUGGUCGCUCAUUGUUUAAAAAGGAAACAAACAUCCAGAUUUUUGUGGGUCUAAAAGUCAAACUAUCUACAGGAGAAGAUGGAAUAAUAGAUGGUGGUUUUGGACAAAGUGGCAAAUUUAAAAUCCGAAUUCCAGAUGGGCUGAAGCCAGAUACCAAGAUGCUUCUUACUGUUGCCUCCAAGAAGAAAUCUAAGGCAGGGAAGGGGGAUACAACCAAAGAGGAUGAAAGCAGCAAGAAUGAAUUGGCCCAACCUGUUACCGUCUCUCUUGUCUUUAAAAGAUACGUCUUUGACACGCAGAAGAAAAUGAUUCAAUCCUGA